AUGACCGUUUCGCCAACUCGCUCGGCUACUUCCGGUGCGGAAUUGAAUCGUUUAGCGGAUUUCAUGUGCGAUACUAGCAAGAUUCUCCAAGGGGUUCUGGAUGUUACAAAACCGGCGCAAUACUUGCCCAUAACGGGCGGCAAUCGAAACGAAGAUGUUGAGGUCGUCGGUUUUGGAGUUGCGCCAUCAGCUAGUAUUGCAGAUUGUAUUGGGCAGUUGGAUAGCGCAGUGACUAUCGACGAUAGUGGGGCGAGUACAGCAGGCAAAGCUUUCCCGGAUAUCGCACCAACCUCACAACAGGCUCAAGAGUUCCAGGACGGCCUUCGAAAACUGGCGUUACAGUAUGACAGCGGGAAUACGCAACCCCAACUAUUUCCUGAAGCUCAUAGUUGUCAUCCUAGUGGCAGCAAGCGGAAGCGAAUUGACCGAACCCCAAGUGAAAGGAGGUUACAGAAAAUGUCACCCUCGAUAGCCAGCGAUAGUCGAACGUCAACUCCCGAACAUACGGCUGUCGGGUGGGUACAGGGAGAAUCGGGUAUGCAACGCGUUGCAGGACAGACGCCGGGAUCUAGUAGACUGUCCAUUCGCGACUUCUUUAAGCCUGGCUGCGGAACUGGUGAGAGCUUAAACAUGUCAAUCCUAGAUAGAUGA